AUUACUGUUCUGUUAAGUGACAGAUUUAAAUACUACGUUACAUUUUGUAACGGAGCUAUUUGCGCUGUGGUUUUUAUGAAUAUAGAUCUCUUCAACUGGUUUUAUUGCGCGGCGAAAUUUAAAGUUUAUGGAAGUUUUUGGGCCGCAUCACUGUAGACGAAAUGUAUUCAGUCGCAGACAUUGACUUAAUUGAAGAUCGUUAUUAUAGAGAUUUACCAAGCUCUAAACAUAAUCUGUCUUUUGCUGGCUGCGGCUUUCUCGGAUUGUAUCAUAUAGGCGUUUGUUGCUGUAUUAAACGUUUCGCACCCCAUCUAUAUCAAAACAAACCAGUAUCUGGAACUAGUGCUGGUGCAUUAGCCGCGGCUUGUUUAGUAUGUGAUUUGGAUAUGGAUGUAUGCGUCCGGCAUAUUUGUAAACUUAUUGAAAAUACGAGACGAUUUACACUUGGUCCAUUUGAUCCACGAUAUAAAAUAAGCGAAUAUUUAAAAGAUGGCUUAUCUCAGUUAUUGCCACCAGAUGCUCAUGUUUUAUGCUCUGAUCGUCUUUCGAUAUCGUUAACAUGCUUCACCACGCGAAAAAACAUAAUCGUCCGAAAGUAUAAAAAUAGGGAUGAGGUAAUCCAAGCUCUGCUGUGUUCUGCGUAUAUUCCUAUUUUUAGCGGGUUUGUUCCAUUAACGUUUAGAGGUCAGCUUGUGGUCGAUGGCGGUUUAUCAAACAAUUUACUUAGCAUAAACCAACAAACUAUUAAAGUUAGUCCAUUCGCUGGUGAUUCGGAUAUAUGUCCGUUGGAAUCAAAAUGGGGCCCACAGUAUCAUAGGGCUCAGCCACAAAAGUACGAAGAUGUGUUAGGCUCAAUCUCAUUACUGAAUCUUUCAAUGAGCUUCAACUUAACAAAUAUUAAACGUUUAGUGGGAAUGGUGUGGCCAAUGUCUCCUGAUCAGUUGGUUAACUUAGCUAACCAAGGUUAUGAUGAUGCAUUACGGUUUUUAAUUACACGUGGUUUUAUUGCUUGUCGUAUACAUCAAACUCCGAGAGAAUUUUCAAAUAUUUCUCGAGUGAAAUCAAGAAACUCUCCACGGAUUCGUCGGUUACAUAGUUGUGAUUCACUUGUAUCUAGUAAAAUACAUAGUGAUUCAGAUCGUAAUCGAAAUCGCUCCUCUGAAACAAGUUCAGUUGUUCAAAAGAUCAAAUCCUCUAAAUGUAUCGGUUCUGCACCAAAAAAAUUAAUUCAUGGUUCUGGAAUCGGUUUAAACGUAGCUCACUGCUGUGCAUGUCGAAGUGAAUUGUAUAAGGCGAUUAACUCUUCGUUUCCCUCUUCAUUGAAUUCACUGAUCAGAGAUGGGACAAAAAUUUCACAAUCAUAUUUAAAUUUUGUUCAAAGUCAUCUUUGGGUGUAUGGAUCAUCUUUAUGCUCAUUUAGUUUUAAACUGUUUGGGUUUCCUCUCAGGUUACAAAUCAAAUUUCUAAUAUAUGUUAUUUCCAGAUGUGUAGGGGCUUUGGAACAAUCCCAUAUUGGUACUUAUCACUUACUCAGUUUAUUGGAUCUUUUAAAAGAGUCUCAGUGGUAUCUUGAAACAAUGAACGAAACAGAACAAACUUCGACUAGUACACUAAAUAAAUCAAUUGGUAAAACGAUACCAAUGUCCUUAGAUUCAGAUGCCAGGAAGAAAUGUCAUCGAUUUUCUACAAACAGUCACCCAGUUAUUGCAAUGAUAAAUUCAAUUUUUUGGAAGGGAGCUGAUAGUUUAAGCGGUUUGAUUUUACGAUUAAAUUCGUUUGAGUUACCAACAGCCAGCGACUGUGGAUUAGAAUUACUAUCUUACUCAUUACAAAAGGUUAUAUUGGUCUUGAGUUUUCUAUCGGUGGGUUACGGGUUCGAAUCUCCUACUUGCAAACACUAUUCAAGUAUGGUGUUAAUACACUGACAAGAUUAUCACUACCUUCGAGUCCGCUGACCUUUGGAUACAGGUCUUUGACAAAUAAUGCGUUUGAAUCAGCGUUUACUUCUAUAUGUUAGAUUAUAUAUAACUGUCAUAUGAACCGAUAACAGCACGUUAUUGUAUGUAAAGGAUUUUUAUUAUUACCCUCUAUUCUAGACUCUGUAAAUGAUUUACUGACGGUGGCUUUGUAAAACAGAACUUUCAAUUCAGUCUUUUCCGCCUUUUUAAUUCAUUUGUGGGAGUAUUAUUUGACCUCACGAUGCCUUUCGAAAUUGAUUUUUAUAUUGAUAUUUAUUUCCACAAGGUAUAGAUUAACAAUUAAUCUUGGUACAUCAUGGUACUUCUUAAUUUCGAGGUAUGAGACUACUACUGGUUCACUCAUUAAUGAUUUAUUGACAUAAUUUAUAAUAAGUCAUUUUAAGAUGUUUUGUUAAGUUGAUUUGUACAUGUCUAAGCUUUUUUACUAUUUUGUACGAUUUCAAUAGUGUCAUUCUUUAAUUAAAUUGAUCAUUAGUUAUCUCUCGCCCUCAUAAUACAAGGAAAUCACUUGGUUUAUCAUUUUAUUUUUGUACCCAGAGUAUCGCUAAUCCGUGUUUGCUACCUAUGGAUGAUAUUGAGUCAGAUAUCAGUCAGGCAGAUCGUGGAUGUAAAACAGAAAAUGACGACAGUGGAAUUUGUUAUACACCAAGUAAUUCAGUUUUAGCAAACAAGUUUUUAUCAGCCGAUAAUGUAGAUAUUGACUCCAGCACACCUUAUUCAGAAUUUUAAAUGUGAGGAAGUGUUAAAGAUCAUUUCUUUUCAACUAGUCAUAAUUUGUUUUUGUUUCGAAUCCUAACUAACCCGUUAUCUAUAUAUUUUCAAGUGAUUUUGAUCUAUAUAUUUUUCUAUUUGUUUCUUCAUUUUUUGGCUAUAAAUGAUUUAAACUGAGCAUAAAUUUUUGGUUUCGUUAGUUAAUAACAAAAUUAUGUUCUUUUCAAACAUCUAGCACUUUGAAUUAUUCCACAAAAUACAAUCCAACUGUUUCUGCAGUAAAGUUUUGUUAUAUGACGUAUGUUGGACAUUUUAUAAAACCUAUUGCGCAUUAUUUAGUACAUAAUAAAUAUAUAGGGAAUUUUGUAGGCAUUUUGUUCGACGUUUCUCAUAGAUUAUUUUAAAUACCGUUAUAAUCUUAAAUUUCUAAUCUGUUUAGAUUGAUAUGUUUGCUAAAAAUCCUAAUCUGUUAAGUGCUAUAGUUUUGCACCACAAUAUACAGUUGCAACUUU